AUUGACUGAUGAAAAAUAAAAGAUAACAAUCAGAUUUUUACGAAAAAACUAACACUGAAUGGCAUCAAGAGAAAAUAAUUAAUAUAUCUGUGAAAAUUAUUGAAAUAUUUCGUCAGAAGAUGUACAGUCGUUUACUUUUCAGGUUUCCCUAAAUUAUUAUAAAUACUGCAAAGAGAACUCUUCGAUUUGCAAAUAAAAAUGUUCAGCAGAUUUUCAGAUGUGUUGCAAACUGCAGCAGAUGUUUUGGCACCACCACCUACAAGGCUGGAAGAUUUUGAAUAUCAUUGGAAGAUGAUUCUUAAUUAUUAUCAGAACUAUGAUGAUAGCAAUAAAAUUCAUAUUGAAGAUACACGAAUUCCUCAUCAUUUGCAUCAAAUGCUCCAGUUGAUUGUGGAUGAAGAAAAAGAGCAGCAAGGCGGCACAGUAGGGCCAUGCCUUGAAGCAGUAGUGCAGCGCAAAAUAUGUGUACUUGAUGCAUUAACUGCGCUUGCAGCUACUGAUCGCCCACCUGGUGCAAGAGCAUUGGCUCUUACUACUGGUACUGCCCUUUUAAGGCGGACACGACAGCCAUGUGUAAACAGUGUUCAUGUUUAUAAACCUCUGCAGAGAAUGCUUAUCCAGUGCAAUGAAAAUCCUGCCUCACCGACAGAAAAAGAAGAAGUGGAACUCCUUCUUACACUUUGUGGACUAGUGAGAAAAGAGCCAGGCUUAGCUAAUAUAUUUACAACACCUUUUGUUGAAGACAAAAACAGCUUGCUUAGCAUACCCGAUGAUAUACAGAAGUUAAUACCUAUAAAAUCCAAAGUUCAAACACCGAAGAAGAAUCCGCUAUUUGAAGUGGAAUUACCAUCGAAUCCUUUAACAAAUAUAUCUAUAGUAAGAUCAAACGGUAGAGAAGAUUGUUCUAGUGGUUCUAUAGCAGAUGAUGCUUCUAAUAGAAGUCAAAAGACAGUUUAUGAUGAUAAUGAUAAAUUCUUGUUGAUCGAUUUAUUAUUAUCUUAUUUAGAUAGUGCUGACAAUCAAGUGGUCCUUCGGGCGUGCGAGGGCAUAAUGAUAGUGUCUUCAUUGCCCGAGGACGACAUUGCCGGUCUGGUAACGAGUUGUAGUCCGGCGUGUGAAACGUUAGUGGACAAGUUGGCGGCUAAAUACCGAUGCGUGCCCGCCGGCACUGAACCCGUUGAUGUCGACAGGCUGAAUAUUACUUGGGCGUAUGUAGCCCAAGAUUAUGGUGAUAAAGCAUUCAAUAAAUUCCAUGGCUAUAGAGAAUUGACAAGUUUUUUCUCAUGGCUAGACUAUUGUGAUACUCUAAUGAAGGAAUGUCAUCCAACUAUAGCAACCCAUCUUUCCCGAACUUUCCGUCAGAACUUUCUAGAAGGUACCGUUGAAGUUGGUGUGAGUGACUUCCACCAUGCAGCAUUAGUGACAGCAAUCCUUGCUAAAUGUUUAAAAGUUAUCGAUUCGCCUGAGCUCAUCAAUGAAUUCUCCAAUUGGCUGGUGGGCGACGGCGAAGUAUCGGAAUGGCCACUCUUACAUACGCUCAUCAGCAACUGUCUCACAGAUGACUACGACAUCACCUUAGAAACACUGCAAUUUUUCCAGACAAUAAUAGAGAAAGGAACGGAGCAUAGUAUACAUAGACUAGUGCUGACACGCGUCUGUUCCCGCGGAUACUACUCCCAGCAACCACCUUUCGAGGACGAUGACAGGGACAGACUGAACGACGUUUCGCUGUGGAGAGAGCGAGAGAGAAACAGGGAGGCUAUGAAGCAAUUACAACAUGAAGACCAUGUGAACGAACAGAUCAACGACAUACUGUCUCAAGAAGGAAUCGAUACUCACGACUCGGCUGACAAUAUACACAGGGUCAUCAACAGGCUUCAGGAGCUUAAAACACAAAUAGAAGAAAUAAUGGCAAACGAAACUAACAUUCCACCUGAUGCAGAUUAAUCAUUAACUAUUAUUUAGAUUAAUAUCAUCCUAACGUCCAUAGUGCUAUAGUUGCUUUUUAAAUAAUCAAAAUUACAUAUUUUAUCAUUUAUGUAUAUAAAUAAGCAAAAUAUAGAGUUAUCAGAUGUAUUAGGAAUUAGGUUGCGGGAUAUAAUAAUGUCAUUUUUGUUAUAUUUUUAAUUAAACAAAUACAGAUGCAAUGUUAGGUUGCAUUUGUCAUUUAUAAAGUACAGAGUAACGGUAAAGUGGCAACUAAUCUAAUAUAAACUUUCAAGCUGAUAUGAAUGGGGUUAGUUUGGUUGGGGUUAUGGCGGCUCUCGUUGAAUUUAUUUCGUUGUUUAAAUAUUUUGAUAUUAAAGUUAAAAAGUCACUUUAAGAUCCAACUAAUAUGGAGUAAAAAUGCGUUUGCGCAGACCUACUAAUGUUGACAAUAACCGAAAAUCAGUCUUGUUUCAUAACUUUAAGGUGUAAAAUGACACGCAUUAAAUGUCUCACUCACACUCAGCGGGUAUCAGACGCGUGGGUAUUGGAUGAUUCCUGAUGAUGUGAUAUUUGAAUCAUACUGAUUGGCUGACAUUUACCGCGCUUCGAAAUUUACAAAGAUUAAACAUAUCUUACCUUUUAUCAAAUCCGUGUUAUUCCUAUUAAUUUUAUAAUGUUUUGACCACCAAAGUCUUGUUUUUCCCAAAUAAAUUAAAUGGCGCCAAUUUGUUUGACGUUUAACUUUCAACCCCCGGUGAAACCCAAAUGAGAAAUAUUUUUCAUUGAGUCUCAAUAUAUUGCGUAUAUAUACGUAGAAAUAAACAUUUUUUUUAUUAUUAUUUAAGUCCGCCUAGAUAAAUAUCCAAUGAGAUUUUGAGGACGUUAUAUAAUAAUAUUAACAUAUUAUCAAUCAAUGUUUCAAUUAAGUAUAAGUAACAUUUGCCAUAUAUCUGUGAUAAUAUCCCAGUUUUUGAUAAAAGUAAUUUCUUUAUUGAAUUUUCUUUCGUUAAGUUCACACUUUACAAAAAACAUUAACAAUAUUUAUUUCGAAGAUUGAACACUUUCUAAAAUAUUAUUUCACUGAUAUUUUUUGACACGAUAAUUUAAAACCUCUUUUAAUGCUGUAAAAACGUAGUUGUACAAAAAAUAUUUUUAUAUGUGAUAUUUUAAUUAUGUGAAGUCAUGAUUAUAAUAAAUAGUUCGAAGACAGAUGUUACUACUAUAGCCACUAGAAUACAUCAAAGCGAAUAAGUUAAAAUACGUCAUGUCAUAAAUAUAAUUUUAUCGUAAAGUUGUAGUAACAAAAUCACUUGUAAAUAUUAUUUUGUUACUUAUUAUUGACUAUUUUUAAUACUACUCGUUCGAAUUAACAUGACAACCGAAGGUCUAUUCUAUUUCUCUGAAAACGAAAUUUAAUGUUUAUUUGAAAUGCUAAUAUGACUCCAAAGAAAUGCAUUUCUCUAUAAUUUAUGAUACAAAGGAGGUACCUUGCCCAGGUCACAAUUAAAUUAAAUGAAGAUCACGUGAUAAAAACAAUCGGAUUAAGUAUACUUAUGUAUGACUUCGCUCGUUCACAAACAUUCACAACAUAGAAUUAUUUUUUUGUUACACUGUAUUUGUAUUAAGGAAUGUGUGACGUCACAAUGCUCAUGUCACAAGUAUUGAUGGUUUGAGUUAACUUUCGAACGGGAUUAGAAAUGUCUUCUAUUUUUAUUUUGGCCUUUAAAGAUUUAUUUUUAUUGGUGUCCGCAUAUUAUCACUAAAACCAGUCUUGGAGCUCACGACCUAUCUUCUUCGCUUUGGUGUAUCGUUAUUUAUUAAGCUGUUUUUGUAAAUAUAAUGUUGUAAGUUUGUAACAUAUCAAUGUACUAUAGUGAACAUUAAAUGUAUUGUG